AUGGCCAUCUCCGAGCCCCCCGCCUCAACAAUGAAACCCCGAAAGAUCCCCAAGAUCUCACUGCACGAUUUCGCGACACGGCGGACCGAGAUCGGCCGACAGAUCAUCGACGCAGCCGAAAACAUCGGCUUCUUCGUGCUCGUGGACCAAGAGUCGCCCACUCCCGCCGAGAUCGAGGAGAUGUUCAGCAUCUCGAAAGCGUUCUUCUCACUCCCCGAGGCCGUAAAAGCAAAGACACCCUUAAUCCGGAGCGAAAACACCGGCUGGGAGAGCCGCAGCCAAAUUCGGCCGUCUACCGGUCUCCCGGACCAAAAAGAGUCCCUGCAGCUACAAUACCACCGGCGCUUCGACGCCUCGUGGCCGUCGGACACCGACCUCUCCCCGGAGCUAAAAGCCUCCAUGGCGCGCUUCAUGUCGCAGACGCACGCCCUCUCGCAGUCGAUCCUGCGCUUCUUCGCGGAGGCGCUCGGCUUCGCGGCGGACCACUUCGCGCGCAGCCACCGUGUCGACCUCCCGUGCGCACAGAACACGCUGCGCCUGCUGCACUACCACGACAUCAGCGGCACCGCGUUCCCGCCCGAGUACUGGCGCGCCGGCGCACACACCGACUUCGACUGCUUAACGCUGCUGUAUCAGCGCACGGGUGAGGCCGGGCUGGAGGUGUGUCCGGGAAGGGAGGCACAUACCAGCUUUGCACAUGGAGACGCGUGGACUCCGGUGGAACCCGUCACAGGCGAGAUUGUGUGCAAUAUUGGCGAUAUGCUCAUGGCGUGGAGCGAUGAUCGCUUCAAGAGCCUCUUUCAUCGUGUAAGGUGCCCGAAGGUCGGGGAGAAUCAGAAGGAGCGGUUUAGUGUUGCCUACUUCAACCAAGCCAACAAGAACGUCGAGGUCGUCGGCCCGCUGGGGAAGUACCCGCGGAUGACGGCGCACCAGUACAUCAUGGACGCUGUGGCGCGGAACUUUCGGCAGCUGGAGAAUGGGGAGGUCGAGAAGGGGGAGUUACUGGAGUCACCGGAGUCGGAGGCCGAGCGGGUGGCGAAUGGCGUGCGAGGCCGAGAAUCGAAGGAUACAUAG